GCCAUCUCGUGGUUAUCAGUAGCGUAAAUUGACACCACAGCGCUAGGCUCGCUUCAUAUAACCUCACCUUAAGUCUUAACCUUACGGGAUUGUUUUUAUUUCUGUCUAAAGAGUAGUUUGAUAUUUAAUUUAAAAAUGGAUUUCUAUCCUCAACCUACAUCUUUUGAUAUUAUCAGUACGGCAGGUGCUGUACCAGUGAAAAAUGAGAAAGGUGAGUUGACUAUGAAAAAAGUAAAAGUCCAUCGAUAUGUAUCGGGUAAACGUCCAGAAUACGCACCUAUGUCAAGCAGUGAAGAAGAUUCAGAUGAUGAAGAUUUUAUUGCACAACGUCGUCAUAAAGCUCCUUCACCUGAAAUCAGAGCUGAGAGUGAUGAUUCUUUACCUGAUGACCCUCGUCUAAGGCGUUUAAAAUCUAGGCGUUUGGAUGAUAGAAAGGAAAGUGAAGAUGAAGAAGAAGGAAUUAAAAGGCAUAGGCAUAUACAUGAACCGGAAGUUAUUGAAAGUGGUCACAGCUCGGAAAAUGAAGCAGAGAUGAGAAGAGGGAGAGAGAGCAGUGAAGAAGAGGAGGAAGAAGAACUUAGUGACACAGAAAUUGAACGUAGAAGGCAAAUGUUAAAACAGAAGGUUUUAACUUUAAAAGAACAAAUGGAAACGGAAGUUCUAGAUAAAGAAGAAGAAGGCCAGAGUGAACAAGAAAGUGAAGUUGAAUCAUCAGAAUAUGAAGAAUACACAGAUUCUGAAGAAGAGGUUGGUGUUCGUUUGAAACCAGUAUUUGUUAGAAAGAAGGAAAGGGUUACUAUUCUCGAAAAAGAAAAAGAAGCACAAAGAAAAAAGGAAAUAGAGCUGGAAGCUAAAAAAAUGGCCGAAGAAAGGAGAAAACAAACCCUUAAGAUGGUUGAAGAAGAAAUCAGAAAAGAAACUAAUAAAGGUAAACUCAAUGGUGAAGAUCCUUCAAUCAAUGAUGUCAAUACUGAUGACGAGAAUGAUGAAGUUGAAUAUGAGGCAUGGAAACAAAGAGAACUGAAGAGGAUCAAACGGGACAGAGAAGAACGAGAACAGCUUGAGAAAGAAAGGCUAGAAAUAGAAAGGAUAAGAGUUAUGACUGAUGAAGAAAGAAGAAAUGAGUUCAGAAAUAAUCCGAAACAAAUUACUAACAAAGGAACUAAGGGCAAAUACAAAUUUAUGCAGAAAUAUUAUCACAGAGGAGCUUUCUUUAUGGACAGAGAAGAAGAUUUGUUCAGAAGAGAUUUUUCAGAAGCCACUCUGGAAGAUCAUUUUGAUAAAACUAUAUUACCUAGAGUUAUGCAGGUUAAAAACUUUGGUAGAAGUGGAAGAACGAAAUAUACGCAUUUGGUUGAUCAAGAUACAACACAAUUUGAUUCUCCUUGGAUUUCAGAAACUGCUCAUAAUAUAAAAUUCACAAAUAAUCAAGCUGCUGGUUAUAAACAAGUUUUCGACCGUCCAUCUAAUAAAAGAAAAUAAUUUUUUAUGAUUUUACUAUUAUGAUAAUCUUUAGUUGUGUAUAAAUGUAUAUAUUUAUUCUCUAUUAUUUAAUACAAAUAAAACAUCUUUUUUUAAAUCAGAUAAAA